AUGUUCGACAUAAUCAUCGUCGGCGCCGGCCUAAGCGGCCUACAAUCCGCCCUCUCCGCCCAAGAGGCCGGCCUCACCGUCGCCGUCGUCGAAGCACGCGACCGCCUCGGCGGAAAAGUCUGGUCCGUCCCACUGGCCAGCGGCCGCGGCGUUGUCGAUCUGGGCGCCGCAUGGGUGAAUGACUCGAUGCAGAAGCGCGUGUGGCGGUAUACGCAGAUGUUUGGCUUGGAUGUGGUGCGGCAGCGGCUUGAAGGGCAGGCGGUUAUGAUCGCGGGCGAGGGCGAGGGCGGAAGGGUGGAGUUUCCCUUUGGGAUUAUGCCUGAGUUCAGCGCGGCGGAGAAACGGGACCUGGAGCGUGUGCGCGACCACAUACAGGCCGAGUCGAUGCAGACCGGACUCCCCAGCCAAGAACAAGACGCCGUGACGCUAGACCAGUACGUGCGAGAUCUAGGCGCGCGGCCGAAGACGCGGUCGAUGGUGAAUCUGUGGAGUCAGGUCAUGCACGGGGUCGAGUCGAGCGAGCAAUCGGCGGCCUUCUUCAUCGACUACUGCAGGCGGAAUCACGGGCUGCUCGCGAUCCGUGCCGACGACAGGACUGGCGGGCAGUAUCUGCGCUAUCACCAAGGGACGUCCGCCAUCGUCGAAGGGAUCGCAGGUCUGGUCGGCCAUGCCAACAUACACCUCUCAUCGCCUGUUGCUUCGAUACAGGACCAUGGCGGGCACGUGUCGGUCAUCACGACAAAUGGUAACACGUUUCAGGGCAAGAAGUGUAUCCUGUCCCUCCCGACCACGUUAUACAAAGACAUCAAUAUCUUGCCUCCACUACCGCCCCGAGCUCAAGAGGUCUACAACUCGACACGACUAGGCGAUUACAACAAGGCGAUCGUUUGCUACGACCGCCCUUGGUGGCGAGACCAGGGCUACAAUGGCUUUUUUAUGAGUUUUAAUGGUCCAGUAAACCUGGCUCGUGAUACCAGCGUCGACGAGAAGCGCCAGUUCUCACUGACGUGCUUCGUAAAUGGUCAAUUCGGCCGCGAUUGGAGCAGACUACGAUCACAUGAGCGCCGCAAGGUAGUGCUCGAGCAGCUUGCCAAGGUGUACAAAGUUGACCGGGACUCGGAGGUGUGGCGUCCAAUCGAGAUAUUUGACCAGGUCUGGAUGGAGGAGAAGUUUAGCAAGGGUGCUUUGACACCUAUAACUGCUGUUGGUCAUUUGACCAAGUUUGUAGAUGUGUAUGGCAAACCAGUUGGAAAUCUUCAUUUUGUUGGGACGGAGUUCGCGACAGAAUGGAAAGGAUAUAUGGAGGGCGCGUUGGAGACCGGUGAGCGUGCAGUCAGAGAAGUAAUGAACAUGCUGGGUCCAAGGUCGACACUUUGA